CUCGCUUCUCCUAAAAAAAAAAGCUCGUGAUAUAAAGCGAUGAAAUAAAUAUUGACGACGUCCUUUUUCGAAAAAUCGUAAUCUUCCGCUAUUUCGAAUCUCGUUUCUCUCUGUCCAUGACGAGAAGUUAACGUCGACCAUGUUUUCGUCAUCCCGAAAAAACCUCGCGUGUGACGUCAGUCUGAAUUUCAUCGAAGCUUCACAGUUCGUCGAGUCCCGAGUCGUUUAACCGAACACGAGAGAAAGAACGUACGUCUACGACGGGAAGAGAAAAUUCAGAUGGUUCGGUCAGAAUUUUCAGGUGGUUCGACUUCCCAAGUGUUGGAAAACGACAACGUUGAGAUUAUUAAUGAAAAUUUGCACUCGAAACCGACGCACGAAAACAGAUUAAAUUAUUCCAAGCAACACACACAGACAAGAGGUUCCGCACACGCAUCUGCGUGACACGAGAGAAGCAAUCCACUCGUCCCUGAAUCCGUGAUGGAAGUGCCAACAUUCGCCGAUCUCGGGAAAAACGCGAGAGACGUUUUUACGACGGGCUACCACCAUGGCAAGGGCCUCAUCAAGUUCAACGUCAAAACGCGAUCCGCCAAGAGAUUUCAGAUGACGAGCGACACCACGUUGAAUUGCGACGAGUCAAAGUUAAGCGGUUUAAUGGAAACCAAGUACAAAGCGGACGCCGGAGCUCUGUUGCUAAAAUGGACGACCGAGGGCGUGCUUUUCCUGGGAUACGAGUUUAAUGGGCUGCUAAUGAAGGGCGUUGAUUUGCUGUCCGAGUGCACUUACAAUCCGGAAACGGCCGCAAAAAGCGUGAAAGUCGGUUCCAGAUUUGCUAAUCGGAGGAUCAACGCGCGCUGCGAAAUCUCCAACGAUCUGGAUGCGAGCACCAGCCUGCUCGGCUCGGUCGUGGUGAGAUGUCGGGAUCUGUUUCUGGGUUACUGCGCCGGCUACGACACCGGUACAAGCAAGAUCACGAAGAACGACAUCGGACUGGCUUACUACUGUCCCGACGUUGACUUCCACUUCCGAUGCACCAACAUACCGAGCGAGUACGGACUGUCCGUGUUGUACAAAGUAACUUCCAAGAUCAACGUCGCGGCGAACGGUCUGUACGCGCGACGAGGCGACGUCGAAAAGUGGAGCGUCGGCGCGGCGGCGAAAUGCAAGAUCGACGACAAUUCGAUUCUUCGAGUCAAGUUCAACACCGAUCGCCAACUGGCCACGAGUCUUUUGCAGAAACUGAGCGACGCGGUAACGCUGAUACUCUCGUUUAACAUCGACUGCGCGAAAAUCGCUCGGGGCGGUCACAAAGUCGGAUUCGCGCUCAACGUCGACGCUUGAGUUGCGCCGGGAAUUGGCGCAUCUCCCACGGCAGAUUUCUGACAUUUGUACUGUGCUGUGUGCGCAUUGUCACGGUAGUACCAUUUGUACAUGUUCGUACGUGUCGAGAAAAAUUUUACAUUGAUCGACUCGGAGAUAGAUUGUAUUUUUAUUUUUAUACAAGUGUAAAUUUAAAAA